CAGAACAGAAUAGCUGCAGGAGGAGGGCCUAAUAAACAAUUAAAAAAAAAGCUUGACUGUCACAAUCAUUAUGGCCGAAGUUAAGGAAGGAACACAUGAGGAAGUCUUUGACAUAUUUGAUUCAAUUGUCUGCGCCGAGGAAAGGUUUGAACAAAAUGGAUUUUUGAAUGGUCUUCAGGAGGGGAAGGAAAAAGGAAAGAAAAGUGGUUUACAAAAAGGGUUAAAUUUAGGCAAACAAAUUGGCGAAGAGAUUGGCUUCUAUCAAGGAUUUGUGUUAACAUGGAAGAUAAUAUUGGAAAAUUCAGAAGAAAAAAAUACAAAGAAAUUGAAAGCUCUUAAAUCACUGCUCACCAUGUUACAUAGUUUAAAAGUAUCGGACCCAACAGUGAGUGAUUACAUGCAAAAGUUGAGUCAAAUCAGGGCAAAGUUCAAGCCUGUCUCUUAUACACAUCUAGAUGUGUAUAAGAGACAGGUGGUACCCUUGCUAUUCUCCGUCUUGAUAGGUUAA